CCGAUUUUUCGGGCUCUGUUCUGUUCGCCGUAGACUGGAUUAGUUUGGAUUUGCACCGCGUCGUUUUAAAUCUGUUCGGAUCUGACGAUAGCGCGAGGUCUACUGGAUUUGUGUGUUCGAAGAGCUCGGUUGUUCCAGAUUGAAUCUCCUGCACUCGUGGAGUCAUGCGUAUUUUGCCUUGCCUCUUCUCUGCUCUACUUCAGCUUGCUACUUCGGUUUGGUUGGUUCGAUUCUCGGUAUUCCGUUACCGUAUUCCCUUUGCCAACGCCUUGCGUUUUCAAUGCUCCUGAACUUUCUUCAUGGUUCCAAAUCUUCUCUUUUGUUGGCUUGUUGUCUCGUGUGCUUGUAAAACAGUAAGAAGAAGAAGAGAUGGUGCACAAGGAGCUUCAGCAGGCAUGGUGGUUCGACAGCCACAACCUCGCCAGGACGUCCCCAUGGCUAGGCAGCACCCUUUCAGAACUGGAUGACAAGACCAAGCAAAUGCUCAAGCUGAUCGACCAAGACGCGGACUCGUUCGCUCAACGUGCUGAAAUGUAUUACAAGAAGCGCCCCGUCCUGGUGGACAUGCUCGGCGACCUGUACCGCACGCACCGCUCGCUUGCCGAGCAGUAUGACCUGCUGAAGCAUGGCAGCGGCACAUGCCGGUCCAAGUUCAAUCCAUCUCCCUGCACCAAGAGCUGGUCUCCGGGGUCCAUGGAUGGCAAGGCAACCAAGAGCUGGUCUUCAGGUUCCAUGGAUGGCAAGACAACAAGAAGCUCUUCCUCCAACUCACUGUGCUCAGACUCCUAUGACUCGGAGUCUGAAGUCGAUGACCCUGAAGAAGAGCAUGAUGAGAAGGUGUCUGACGCCGAAGCAGAGGCAGAGAAGCACCAGGCUGACCAAGAAGCAGAGCUCAUGCGCGCGGAGAUCAAGAGGCUCAGCGAGCAGAAUGCUGAGCUGCAGAAGGUGAUCGAGGAGAACAAGGCGGCUCACGAGGCGGAGCUCGCCGCGAAGGACGAGGAGAAGAGGGAGGUCAUCAGGCAGCUGGCGUCGUCCAUCGACAUGGUGAAGCAGGAGAACUACACCCUGCGGGAGCUCCUCAAGAGCCCCAACCCCAAGCACCACCCCGCCGCCGCGGCGCAGCCCCGCGGCUUCGAUCUCAGGAAGCUCACCAAGGACCUGUUCUCGGCGAAGCUGUUCACGGGCCAGCGCAAGCAUUCGGGUCCCAUGGUCGCUCUGUGAGUGAGUGAGUUUUGGCGAUGAAGAGAGGAAAUAGCAUGAUGCAGUCUCUCCACCUUGGCAUCCAGAUCCAUGAGAAUUUCUUGUAGCUCAUGUGCAUAUAGGAUGGGUUUCUUUUGGACCGUGUCUGGUCCCGUCCUUGUUCAGGGUUAGCUAGUAGAGAGAAUUUUUAACUAUGUUGCUGUUAUACUCAUGUUUUAUCUGUAGUAAGUAGUAGAAUAGCCAUAUGAAUGUUUGUAUGAUCGCUUAACUAUAGUAAAAAUAUAUUAUUAUUUUUGUCAA